GGACACAUUCAGCCUCUGCAGCAAGGACAGAGCAGGCGUCACUGGGACAGAGAGCGACUAAAGAUAUCUACGCUUCGCCAUGACAACCAUGCCAAUCACUGCUCUGGACUGACAGCUGUCAAUCAACAGCAGAGUAUUGGACUAAAUAGGAGUAAUUCCUGUAAACUUACAUCUUAGACAUUUUUCUCUCUCAAAACUCAUCUUUUACGCAAAAGAAAAGGAGUGAUAGUGAUCUGCAUGCAUUCACGUGCGUGUGCAUUGGUGGGAGUGUGUGCGCGAUUGUCUUGCUCUCUAUCAGGGUCACAGUUUUGCGUCAGUGCCACAACAGGCGUCAGGUUAUAAUCAGCGGACGGCUCUCUUCAUUUAACCUAUCCGUCUACCGAGAUCAUGAGUGAGGGAAGAAAAGACUUAGAGAUGAGGGACAAAGCCAUCAUGCGCCAGCAGAGGAGACUAAAGCAGGCCACCCAGUUCACACACAAGGACUCCGCAGACCUUCUGCCCCUGGAUGGCCUGAAGAGGUUGGGUACCUCCAAAGACCUGCAGCCCCACAACAUCGUGCAGCGGCGCCUCCUGGAGGGCAACAUCACACGUCUGCGUGGAGAGGCCCGGGACAAUGUCCGCUCCCCACUAGCAGACAGCAAGGAAGGUGCAGAACCAGAGGAAAGAAGUGAGAGCACGGUGGAUGACUCCACAGAAGAGAAAGAGUCUCCGGAAGAGAGUGAGAAGAGCCUUAGGUCAGACGAUGAUGAGGAUGAUGAAGAAGAGAGGAAGAAAGUGGGCGAGAGAGCAUCCAGUCUCUCAGCUCUAGUGGUCCAGUGUAAGUGUGGAGACGCAGAGGUGAAGCUCGCCAUAAACACAGGGUGCCAACACAACCACAUCUCUAAGACAUGCUGCAGAAGACUUGGACUGAAAACCAGCCAUGAAGAAAGGUCCCAUGACAAGCUGGCAUUCAGUGACUUAACAGUGGAGACUGUGAAGUCGCUGCACUUGCAGUUGGGCAUAGAAAAAGUGCAAUGCACCGCUCAAGUCACAGAGGAUUCAGCGUUUGAUGUGUGCUUGGGUCUACAGACUCUGCUGGAACUCAAAUGCUGUGUGGACCUGAACUCCAGAGUGCUCCGUCUCCACAGCACAGAGCAAGAGUUGCCCUUCCUGGAUCCACCUGCCUGCAGUCAGUGCCAUCACCAUGACAACAACAAAAACAUGUGACCUCAAACCUACGUGCCCUAUGACCGCCCCGACCGUACCCAUGUAAUCAAAGAGGACUGUCUGGACUGUAGUGUCCUAGAGUAACUCUCUCCUCAUCAUUCUUCAUUGUUGCUUUGUUUCUGUGCUAUUGACAGAAAUCUGCCAACUUUAUUUUGUCUGCUGUUUUAAACUAGUUUUGAUUAAGUGUUUUGAGGAGGAGGAAGAUUUUAAUAUUUUAAAUUGCCUUUAUUGAACUAUAACACAAGCACACAGUUAAUCUGAAAGUAAGAAAAUGUGCUCAUCAGGUGAUUUGAAGUACAAAACACAAAUUACAUGAACAUAAAUUAAUUAUUGUACAGGUCAAGUAGGCACCCAAACAAUCAGACUUUUUACUUAUAUACAGCAUUGAACAUGUCACACUCUAUCAGAAGUUAAAACUCUUUUACAAUACCAGUAAUCAGUACUCUGAAACUGCCUUUUACUAACCAAGUACUGUGUUUUCUGUUCUGUUUUCCUUUUAGUAGAUUAACUUGGUCCCGAGAUAAUAAUAUGGGGCUUUAGUCAAUCUGAUCUUUAUUGAGACAUGCACUGGUUUAAUUCUGAAGGAACUACCAAGAAACCAAAAUUUUCCAUCUGCAUUUGAAGAGCUCAGAUGCAAAAUCUGAUAAAAGCCACCUUCUUCAAAAAUGAGAUAAUAAAAUUGACCAAAUGCUCUUGGCGCUAUUAUACGUUUAUCAAAUGCUUUUGCUUCAAAUCGACUUAAUCCCAUUUAGAAAUACAAAUUUGUUGGCAGAAUCCAUUAAACGCCAAUUUUUCAGCAAAGUCCUCUAAGUGCAUGGAGGAAUUGGAUAAGAAACUGUGUCAGAGUAAAUUUUUUUUUACCCGGAAAAAGGAGGUUUACCGAAUAUAUUAUGAUAUUGACAGAAAUUUUUAUCCGUUUACACUGUAAAAAUUCUUUGCUGUCUUCAAUUUUUUUAGUUGAAUCAAUUUAGAUUUACGAAUCAUGUCAACAUACUAUUAUUUGUCUCUCAAGUUGCUACAACUUAUAAAAUGAAGUUGACUUCUUUCAACUAUAUUUUAUAAGUUAUAAUAACUCAUCUCAAGUCAAGAUAAAUAGUAAGUUAGAAUGAUUUGAAUAUAUAAGUUAAUUUAACUGAAAAUUUUAAGGCAGCUAAUAUUUUUUUACAGUGAUACCCUUAGGGGCCGUGCACACCAAAGCUUUUUUACGCGUCUGAAAACGCCCGGCGUCAGCUUUAUUUCAGCCGACUGCCAGCUUCCUUCAGCUGAGCGCUUUGGUUGCUGUAAUACUUCUGCUUUGUUUAUCAGCCGUUGGUUGGUUGUUGUGAUAUUUGUCCCGCCCCUCCUCCACUGUGAUUGGACGGCCGUGUGAGAACUGACACUGACGAGCUGAGCUUUUCAUACAAAAGUUUAAUAUUUUUCAACUCUCGGCACUCAGCGCUGGCUUUCAGCAUGGAAAAAACCUGCCAGACGCUGUGCUUCAAUUGGAAACAAUUGAAAAAAUACACCGGCAUAAAAGCUUUGGUGUGCACGGCCCUUUAUUCAUAUUUUAUGCACUUAGAGGGUUUUGCAGCAAAAGACAAUCAAAUUUGUUAAAUAUAUGAAAUGUCCAAAGAGACAUUUGUAAAAAUAAGGCAUUUCAAUUAGUGAUUAAUGCAUUUUUCAUUGCCAUUAAAGUGAAUUAUACUGCACCUAAACAUAAGAGCCAAAAAUGCUCAUUUACAAAAAACAUGUCAGAUGCACUUAGAGGGUUUUGUAUCUAAGCUCUUCAUUUAUAGACUUUCCCAUUUGUAUUUUUUGAUAAGCCAGUGAGAGAGGCGUGUUUGUGUUUAUGAUACAAUGCAAAUGCAUUUCUGUUUUUCACUUGCAUGUGUUUGUGCUCUUUUAGACCAAUACAGAGCCCAGUUUCAAGCUUUUAGGCACAAACCCUCUUCUGUUUCAUCUCCUCGACUGUAACCAAAGGCUUUUCUCCACCACCCACGCAUCUCGCUUACCCUUUGUAUGUUAAAUUAAAACCGCAAGUUCAAACGUUUAGCAGGGCCGAAAACGCCUAUCUCAGCUCCUAUCGAAAUGCAACCGAAAGAGGGCCAGUUGUAUGAAAAGAGUUUAUUUUUUGGUGUUUUUUGUUUCUCUGAACAGUAUUUUCUCUGCCUAAAUAAAAUAUGAUGUAUUCUGACUAUAAAAAGUUCUUCAUUGUGAAUUAAAUGAAUGCACAAAUCAUGUCACAAGAAUUUGAAAGCUGAAGCUGAUGCACCUACACACAUGCUAGGAAUAGUUGAAGAACAACACUGUUUCUCUACUCGCAGAGGUUCACAAUCACAUGGUUUGCCCGAGGCAGUCAACAAGCUAUUUUAAGGUUCCUUCAUUUGAUGAUGGAGGGUAAAGAUGUUCUCACAACCAUUGAGAGCCAUAAGGGAUGACAUCAUUGACCCGGCACUGAGCACAGGCUGCCCCUGAUCCAAUAGCCAAAGGCACAAUACAUUAUUUAGUCUCAUCACCAAGAAAUCUAUCUAUUCUUUGUAAAAGCAAGGGUAAAAAUUACAAUUACCUGUAUUCAGGAGAUGCCGUUAUUCAAAGUGACUAUAAAAAAGAUGCUCUAAUAUAAUACUUAGCAUGACAAUUGCUGCUGAUUAGUCCGCCCAAAGUGAAAUCUCAUUGGUUCAAAAUUCUGCUUCACAUAACUGUUUAUGUUACAAAAGGCUCUGAUUGUUUGAGACGGUGUCGAAUCACAGACUAUUUUUAUCUUUCAUCAAAAUGUAUUCACUUUUUAUGCUUCUAAAAUGACUUUCUUGCUAAGUCAGUCAAAAGCAGGAGAGUUAAUAUAUUAUUUAUCAUUUGUAGUAGCCUCCAUGUUUCACUUAUUACAAAUUAAUCAGUUU